AUGGAUAGUAAUAAAAUCGAGGAGAAGAGAGAAACUGUUAUGUAUUCGGUUUGUGUCCUGCAGCAACUCCAACCAUGGAGUACAGUGGGUGUAUUACCCUGUAUGGAACAAAUUGCUGGUCCACCUAUUUCGAUUAGAGUAGGAGAAUUUUAUAAAACUCCCAAACCACAUCCAUGGCGUCCUACUUUGGGAUACGAAACCGUGGAAGCAUUUUCUCUACCUGCACAACCUGUGACAAAUCUGUUGUCAGAGACUUGUUAUAUGCCGAAUGGAAUGGCUACGGAACCAAUGAGAUUUCCAAAUUUGGUGACUGGUUUCGAUAGAAAUCCAGCACACGCGGCACGGGCUGCGCUUUACACGAGAUAUGGUCCAUACGAAUGGGUACAAAACCAACUGAGGCUGUACAAUGAAUCUAAUAGCAACAGAAAUUAUUCGGAAAACUUAAGACAGGAUACUGUUCGGAUGAUGCGAGAAGCAGAUGAGAAAGUACAAAAUGGUCAAAUUGAAACAGGUCGAAAAUUAGGAGAAAGAAUUACAGAUACCACAUAUUGGAAAAAUGAAGUAACUUCCGAAUUAGAACGUUUGAUAAUUGAAAAUGCAAAGAUGCAGGAGUGCCGUCGAGGCUUACAAACAACGAUACAAAGCUUAGAAGGACAGCUGCACAUAGCACAAGAAUGUUUAUAUUAUCGGGAGGCUAGGACAGGUUCCGAUUUGGUUCAUGAUCAAGCUGAGCAUGCUCUUCUAAAGGAGGUAGAGGUGGUCAGGAACUGUCAAAAUAAAUUAGAACACUUUACUGAUAAAUGUGUUAAUCAACUUACAAACAGCAGAGCAGUACAAAAUCAAUUAGAGAUUGACAUACGAAAUAAAGAAACUGCACUUGGGAUAGAUAUUACGUGUCAUCAGAUGAAUAAUUUCAGUCGUGGUUUGAAGUACUAUGGUGGUAUUGAAAACUAUGAUAAUAGUGUUACACAAGCUGAAUCAUGGGCUGAAGCAUCUAACAAUGUAGUGAAAAAGUCACAGUUGGAAAGAUCAAAAUCUAGUCAGCUUCAAAGUGAUAUUGAAAUCGCUAUAAAUGCAGUUGGACAUGAAAUGUGGGAAGCAUGGGGCAAUACAAACAAUGCAUUGUCUAGAAGGGCUGCUGAAAUGCUUGAAGCAAAAGAAAAAUUACAAAUACAUUUACAUAAAAUUCAACAAGAGAUCUUUGAGAUUGAAAAAAAUUUACAAUUAAUGCAAAAAGCCAUUGCAGAUAAAAGUUCUGCUUUGAAAGUGGCACACACGCGACUUGAAAGUAGAACACAUCGGCCUGAAGCAGAAUUAUGUAAAGAUUAUGCUCAACUCAGAAUGAUCGAGGAAGUAAAAACUAUACAUUCAAUGAUAAAUGAUAUGAAUUUAAAAUUACAAAGAUUUGAAGCACAACAUCAACAGCUAUUACGCACCAGAUCUAAUUUAGAAACUGAUUUAAAAUCUAAAGUCGAUGCGCUAUUUAUCGAUAGAGAAAAAUGCAUGGGUAUACGAAGAAGUUAUCCUGUUGCUUCAGUUAUUAAGUUUUGA